GGACAGAUAUGUGCUGGGAAUCCUAGCAACAAGAGACGGGGCUGUGACAGAUUUGGCUGUGGAUAUUAUGGGAGAAGAAAGCACCUGGGGGUGGACGUAAUGUGCAGAGACAGAUCAGCAGUGUAUGCACCUUUCAGUGGCAUGAUUGAUGAACAAGUUAAACCCUAUGUGAAGAAUAAUGCCAUUAAUAAUGGCAUCCAACUUCGUGGAUCAGGUUUCUGCAUAAAAAUAUUCUACAUCAAGCAGUUUACAUACAGAGGUCGGGUCAGAAUGGGACAAAAAAUUGGAGUAAUGCUGCCAAUGCAAAGGGUAUUUCCCGGUAUAUCAUCUCAUGUUCAGAUCCAGAACUGUGACUGCUCAGAUCCCACUCACUAUUUACGCUGAAAUGAAUAUUAAAUGAAAAUGUACAAAAUCCCAAAUAAAAUCUUCUGAGCAAAUAAAAGCAAAUUUCUUCCCCUCCACCACAGACAGGCUAGAUUAGAAAAUAUAAUCUAUGGGAAAGGAAAAGAAACUUUACACAUACAGCAAAACAGAAAUGUAUACGCCAGCUGCAGUAGCCAUGUGUCUCACUAUCCACUUAGCAUGCCGGUGCUUAUUUGUCUACACAAUGUCAUCUCAAGCUCAUCA